CGAGGCCAAGAGAGUGGCGCGGAACGCACUGCGCCAAGACCUGGAGGACAGGCAACACCAAGCAGAAACCAGAAGCAAAACCGCGACCACCCUGGCAGCGACAGGGGGGUGGGGCCAGGACCUCACCGCGGACGGAGUGGAGCGAACCGGCCAAGCACUGUACUACGCACUCCGCUUCGGCCUGCUGGCCGCGGAGGCAUCGGGAGAAGACAUGCCGUGCGCCCUGUGCAGGGCACCGUGCGCAACAACAGCGCACUUCGUCCAAUCCUGCCCGGUGACCCGCCCAUUCUUCGAAGCCGCGGGGGUGCAGGGGUUAGAAGAGUGCAAAAAGAAAUGGAGCGGCGCAGCCCGCGCGCUAACACAGGCCAACGAACUCCUCACGCCCCUGGUGGGCCCGUUCCCGGCGGUGCGGCACCUCUGCUGGGCAGGAGGCCGGCCGGACAGCGCGGAGGCGUAGCACACCACACAACCAACAAAACGCGAGACAACCAGGCGACCACCAACGAGCACGCAGACGCUGCAAGUUAGUGAUCCACCCGCCGCAGGAGUAUCCAGACGCCUGCCACGGUGGUGAUUUUGAGUUUAUAUGUCCAAGCACGAACGGUCGCUGACGAAGCGCAAGCCUGGGAGCAAGCCCCUAUACUACGCGCGAAACCUCGGGGCAGGGUUGCGCCCUCCUUCGUGGAGGAAUUGAAGGGGGCGCACCCUUCAGGUACUCUGUUAUGCGUUCCGCUUCGUUUUCAUCAUGCUCUAGUAGUGCUGGCCUGAAGUUGUUGUUGCACCAAGAUCAAUCUGCUGGUUUAAUGCGGUCCCGCUUCUGUUCCUCCCCUGCCGCUACAACGCAGGCGUCCCCACCCACGACCGCCGCCCCACGCGCCACACCCUGCUCCACACCCCUUCUCCACCGGUAACGGCGCGACGAUCUGCUCCACAAGCCCCACCUGCUCCACAGCCGACGCACUAGCCCAGACGCACGAUCACCUCUCCAUGCACAGAGACGUCCACGCAAGCCAUGAAAGCGGGAUCGGGUUGCAUCUUUCCCCAGCGGGCGGGGGGAGGUGCACCCUUCAGGUACGUGGGGCCAGAGCUGCUACGCCGUCCUCUGCGGUUACCGGUGGUGGAGCGUCCUCAUCUGUCCGCCGGUGGCGCUAGCCAGCACCUCCUGACGACACCAUGACUGGGGAGAUGCGGAAACUGGCCGCGCAGUUCCGGAGCCGAAGUGGAGGACGGAUGGGAGGACGCAACAGUGUGCUGGAGGCCUUAUCGGAAGUUGAAGCUGAGCCUUUUCGCUCGUGCAGGGAUCUCUCAGACAAAUUUGAAAAAGAUUCGAAACUUAAGCAUGGCUGUACUUGAAAACCUGAGCUACGACGUAAGCGACCACUUUAGACUUUGAAACUUUGACGUAGAAGCAGACAGAAAUAAAAGAAAUUCAAAAAGCUUGUAUCCCAAGCGAAAACUUUACGGAUCGGAAUUCUACUAUAGACCUGGCGACUUUUAGAGAUUUAAACUUGAAGCUUUAACUUCGACAACGCAAUACGUAUUUUUUGAACAGCAACAGCUAGAAGGGACGAUCAAAGCAUCGUAGUUGUAGUCAGGAAGGGUUAUUUUUCUUUGAGUUAGCAGCUAUUCUUAGUCAGUCUUACUUCCCUUUACUUUUUAAGAAAGCACAAGAGCAGUAGUAGUCCCGGGUUUUUUCAGCGCUUCUGGUUCUGGUGCCAGAGAGGAUUUUUAUUGAAAUAGCGCUAGAGAAAAAAGGUGAGUAAACGCGUUCCCACCUUGACGCAUAACUACAAACAAACAAACAUUUUUAUUAAGUUACAUCAUGAAUAAAACACAUCACUGGCGGCACGCUUAGGUAAAAAGUUGAUCUUGCCUGUCCACGUUAUUUCCUGCUUAUGUUUUGCCUUGGCUUGCCAGAUGAAGUGGCGGGUCUAUUCAAUCAUCGUGGUCGCGAAGAAGCUGUCAUUGACCAGAUGGAUCAUCAUGCUAAGAUGAUCUUCAGCCAAGGACAUCACAAAGCCGGAGUUUCAAGGGCCAGAAAACAAGCUUGAGCCCGAGGUGGGCUCUUCGAUCUGGAAAAACUUCAGCAAGAGGAAAAAUGUAUCAUCUUAGACAGUUGCUUUCUAGUUUCUACCACUUUCAAACCACGCCACAUAUCUAUGAUUGAAGAAGAACAGCAU